CUAUUUAAAUUUAUUUCCAGUUCUCCCUCAGUUAGCGCCUAAACAAAGCCCUAAUAUUUUGAUUAUACUGGUGAAUUCAACUGUGGUUUGUUUCCAAUUAAAGCUAAAGCAUUAAUGUGAAGGAAAAACAACAGAACGGAUUUAUGGAGCUCUAGUUACUAAGUGUGAACUGUUGUGUUUGUGCAUCAGAAGGGUCAUAGUCAACCUAAAAAGUUACACAAAUGGACAAAGUUUAUGAGGAGCUAGAUGUUGUUAAAGGCGAGGUGGAAAAGCUCAGAGAAGAAUGCAGGACCAAAACGGAAAGUCUGAGGAAAGCCCACAUCGACCAAUUAUCAAAACUUCAAGAAGCUAAGUUGGAGAUUGGUAGACAGGCAAAUGAACUAUUUGUUAAAUCUGAGGAAAUAUUUGAGGUCAAGAGACUCUACGAUGACAUCAAGUCCAAUGUACAUGAGAAAGAAUCAUGUCUCCAGAAUCUUAGUUCUGCUCAUGACAAGCUGCAACUAGAUUAUGGGAAGAAAAUUGGGAAGUUGGAAGUACAAAACAAGGAUUUGGUGUUGGCUCUUGAUGAUGCAACAUCCAAAAUUCGAAAUUUGGAAAUGCAGAUUUGUGCAAGUAAUAAAGAAAUCAAUGCUCUUAAGCAAAUCAUGUCAGUUAGGCAGGAAAUCUGUGUUGAAUCAGAGCUAAAAACAAGGGCAUCCAAUGAUCUGAAAGAUGGAGAUGCCAUCAUCCAGAAACUUGAUGAAGAAAAUAGGAUUGCAAAGGAUCAGUUGAAAUGGAAGAGUGAACAAUUUAAACACCUUGAAGAAGCUCAUAAAAGAAACCAUGAUCAGUUCAAACCCAGUAAGGUGGAGUGGGGCCGGGAAAAGUCAGCAAUGUUUGAAGAGAUCUCUUCAUUGCAAGCAAGUUUGGAUUCUCAGACUCGAAUCUCAGAAGACCUCCAAAGACAAUUGAGGAUGUGUAACCAAGAUUUAGCUCAUCAAGAAAGCAGAAGAAGAAUUCUGGAAAUGGAAGUGUCUGAGUUUCGAUCUCAAUUCCAUGAUAGCUCUUUAGUGUGCCAAGAAGCAAACUCAAAGCUUGAGAACUUGACCGUCAAGGGGGAUGAAGAAAUUGGAGAGUUAAGAAACUUACUCCGAACGAAAGAAGUACUGUUCAAGGAUGUAAAAUGCACAAGUAUACAGCUUGAACAGGAAAAUCAAGAUUUACGAAGAUCUCUCAAAGAGCUUCAAGAGUCUCAACUCCAGGAUGCCGCUUCCACUUCUGCACUUAAGAAGCUCCAAAGCAAUUUCCAGUAUUUAAAGCAAUUACACAGGAAAUGUUCCUUAAACCUCAAAGAAAAGGAAGCUGAAUGGAGCUCUCAGAUAGGAAAAGUGGCAGAAAAUAUGAAAAGAUGCAUGUCUGAAUUAAAAGGUAAAGAAAAACACAUAGACGAGCUAGACAAGGAGCUGGAAGAUUGCCAUGAUGCAUGUGAUGUUCUUACUGGAGAGAUAUCUGUCUUAGUCUCAGUUUUAAAAUCAGAAUUUCAUUCUGGUAGCAAGGAGAUCUCUACAGCCAACGCGGGACAAGAACCAAAUAGCAAAAAUCUAGAACAUCAAAAGAUUGAACAAGCAACCGUUUUAGAGGUAGAACUGAGUGAGUACAAAAAGAUGCUUGAAGAGUCAUCUGAUUGCCAAGUACACCUCAGGGAACAGGUCCUGAAAUUGGGUAAUGCUCUCAAAGAUGCUUCAAAAGAAGCUAAAGACGACCUGGACAAAGCAAGGGAAGAAGUCAAAGAAAGCAAACUUGAACUAGAGAAGUGGAAAGCUGAAGCAGGAAAUCUUAAAGACUACCUUGAAGAGAAUCAAUUUUCCCAAAAGCAAGAGAAGGAGAUCUUACUUGGGAUUUUGAAGGAGAGAGAAGCUAAAAUUGAUGAGCUACAACAACAGAUUACAGAAGUCAAGUUGAAGAUUGUUGAAAGAACAGAGGCAGUGGAAGAUUUAAAUGAGGAGAAACUACAUUACUAUCAAAUUGCAGAAGGUAUGGAUAGCACCAUAGAAAUUCUUCAAACUAAGAUUUCUUGCUUGGAGCAAAAGCUGGCUGAUAAAGACAUUCAGAAUGAGCAAAUACAAUCAGAUGUGCGGAAGGCUUUUGAUCAGGAGAAGGAUAGCUUCUUGCUGAUUGUGAAAGAGAAAGACAGGAAAAUACAAGAAAUUCUCAAACAGGCCAAAGAUUUAGCGGAAGAUAUGGCAUGUAAAGAAGUUGCUUUUACAGUUCUGAUAAUGGCUGAGGGUUUAAAAAUACUUGAGAUUAAAGAGAAAGACAAGGUGAUUGCCGAGUUAGAGGUGAAAUUGGAUGAUACACAUCAGAAAUUGGAACUCCUAAAUAAAUUCUUGUCUUAUUCAAGGCAGAAGGAGGGGCAGCCGGAAACAUUGUUGCAAGAAAGUAAAAAGGAAUUGGAAGAGCUGAACACUCAUUUUGGCAAUCAACGGAUGCACUUGGAGGGCCGAAUGCAGGAGCUUGAGUCCCAGAAAACUGAUGUGCUUGAAGAAAAUAAGAAACUCUCUGUUGAUAGGGAGGAAUUAGUAGUACAAAUGCAAGGAAUACAUGGAAGAAUAAGUGAAUUAUGCUGCGAAGAUGUUGAACUUGUAAGACAUUUGGAGAAAAUGUUUGAGAACCCCGAGGAAGAGAAAGAGUUUAGGGAGAGACCACCAUUCUAGAACUCCCUUUUCAACUGUCAAAACCAGAACUGAUGAAAGAACACCAUUGGUAGAGCUCAACUGUUAGGCUGACUGUAUAACAGGGUGCAGUUCUAUACUCCAAACACAAACUUGUUGAAAGUUCUCCAAGAUCUGCAACUCUGGCUGGCAAUCUGUUACUGACAGGAUUUUUGAACUUCUUGUAGUUUGUUGUAUGGGUGGUAGUUUUACAAUGUUCUCUCCAAUGUAAUCAUUGAUUCUUCAUUUGCUGCUAAAAGAAAUUUGCUAUAAGCCUAUAA